AUGUCUUAUGAAUUUCUAAUUGCUAGUUUUCGUUUUACAAUUUCCAAAGAUCAACAUAACCACUCAUUAAUAGCAAUAAAUCUGCAUAAUAUAAGAUUAUGGAGCCCCUUUGUAUUAUUGAGUCAUUUUUCAGAUGAAAACAAAUUCAAAUACGGCCCAAAUUCACAACAAACCUAUCAGUACAGGGUGGAUGUAAGAAGUUUGUUCAAUGGCACGAGCAAAAACGAAUCAUCAUUAUCGAUUCAAUCGGUAGUAAAUCUGGAAUUCCUCACUCCAUGUGAGGGUCUCCUGACUUUACGAGAUUCGAAACUAACAGAAGGAGGAAGAAUUCACACCCAAACCAAAGAAUUUUCCUCGGCUAUCAGCGAGUUCCCUCUGAGAUUUUCUUUCGUCGACGGAAUCAUAAGCGAAUUGUGCCCGAAUGAUAAGGAAAAAGUAUGGGUAUUGAAUCUGAAACGUGGAGUUCUAUCAAUGCUUCAGAAUUCUAUGAGGAGAUUCGACUUGGACACAGAUGAAAUCGACGAGGAUGACGUGAAGGGAAAAUGCAAAACGAAGUAUCUGGUCACAGGAACCGAAAAAACUAGUUUGAUUAUUGAAAAAACGAAGGACUUGGCAUCUUGUACAAGUCGUUCCAGGCUGCACUCAGCUAUACAGUCGGUUCCCUAUAGUUUCAGAUCGAAAAUUCAACCCGAAGAAAGUUUGCUCGAAUCCUCCAGUCGUUGUAAGCUAUCCAUUGAUCAUCACAUAUACCAAUCGAUAAAAUGCACGGAAUCGUAUCUGAUGAAACCAUUUUCGAACCGUGGAUCAGGCGUGACAAUAAGCGUAAAACAAGACCUGAUAUUAACAGAAGAAAGAAACGCCACUGCACCAACUAAAGCGGAAGAAUUUACGAAAAGAGUACCAAUAUUCUUCGACCAUACACCAUCGGCGGGUCUUGUGAACGAAAAUAUUCAAAAUGCCAAAACGUUGAUUUUGAACAUGUGCAAAAUGGACACCGACGAUGAUCAUAUCCAAUUUUCGGAUAUUUUCACCGACCUGGUCAAUUCCUUGAGACUCCUGACACCACAUGCUCUCAGUGAGAUUUUUGAUCACUCUGGACUCUUAUGCAGCACAGGAAAAAAAAAUGUGAUAGAUGCAUUACCCUAUGUUGGAACUACGGGGGCUUUCACCAUUAUGAAGCGAAUGAUAAUCGAGAAACAAAUUCGACAACCUACAAUUAAUGAUUGGAUGUUUUCGGUUUCUCUUACUAAACACCCCGAUGAUGAAAUGAUGAAAGCUGCUGCUGAUCUUCUCCAAAGAACCUCGUUCGAACCAUCAGUCAUUCUCAGCAUAGGAGCUCUAACACAUACAUUCUGUUCCAAAAACUCCGACUGUAACGCGUUCAUUGGAGUGCAACUCAUCACUGACUAUUUGGAGAAAACCGUUCUAGAUUUAUACAGCGGAGGAAUCAAUAAUAGAGAAAAACACGAGAAGAUGGUAGUCUUUUUGAAAGCUCUGGGUAAUACUGGCCAACUAUCAUCGUCUCUCAAAAAAAUAUUAGUGCGACUGAUCGAAGAUGAAACCCUGGAUAUGGAAAUAAAAAUUGCUGCCAUUGAAUGCCACCGAAGAGUACCAUGUGAUGAAUCAAGAGAUUAUUUCGAAAGUCUUUACAGGAACUCCUAUGAGGAUGCUGAACUACGAAUAGCUGCAUAUUUGCAAAUAAUGAAAUGUCCCAAUUAUUUGAUGAUGAGGACCAUACGGCAUACAUUGGAAAAUGAAGAGGUCAAUCAAGUUGGAUCUUUCGUUUGGAGCCAUUUGCAAAACAUAUUGAAGUCAGCAGUGCCAAGCAGAGUUGAAAUUCAGGGUUUAUUAUCAGAUAAAGACUUGGUGAGGAAGUUCAGCAGUGAUUUGCGCAAAUUUUCCCACAACUACGAAGGAUCACUCUUUUUCGAAGAAUAUAAUAUAGGCGGAAAUUACGACAGUAAUCUUAUAUUUUCCACGAAAUCCUACAUUCCAUCCUCAGCUUCUUUUAAUUUCACCGUUGACCUUUUCGGCGAAUCCAUAAAUAUGUUUGAGGUAACCGGAAGGGUGAAUGGUUUUGAAAACUAUUUGGAAUCUUUAUUCGGUCCUAAAGGACCAUGGAGUUACUCAAAACUCCAGGAUAAGUUGCCCAAAAUGAGAUUCGCAAGAGAAAUAGGAAACGAACUGUUGAAAUCACAACUGCAAAGUAUUCCAAAUGUUAUGGAAAACGAAUUUGGAGAUCCGAAGUUAUCUUUCGGAGUGAGGGUAUUCGGAAAUGAUUUGAAAUACAUCACCUACAAUGGAUACGAAGAAAUGAAGGAAGCAAUAGAUCAUCUGAACCCAUUACAUUAUUUCCAAAAAUUCAUUUCGAAAAAGGAAAUUGAUUUUCAUAAAGCCAUGAUGUUCCUCGAUACCAAAUAUUCUAUCCCUAGCGGUGCUGGACUUCCAAUUUCUCUGUCUGCGGUAGGAACAUCUUCAAUAAACAUGAAAUUGUCAGGAGACUUGAAGGCUGAGAACUUCUCUAAGAAGAAAGAACUAGAUCUGGAGGCGGAAAUGAGACCAACUAUUUCUCUCGAUAUAACUGGAAGCAUCGAAGUUGAUGCUUUUUAUGCAAAAACUGCAUUGAAAGUAAAGACCAGCAUGUAUUCUUCGACUGCCAUCGAAGGAAAUGUCAGUUUGAAAGGUUUCAAACUGGCCAGAGUGCACAUAAGUCUACCCCAACAAAAAUCCGAAAUUUUCAAUUCCAGAUCUGAGCUUUUGGUGAUGAAACAUGGUAAAGAAGAAAAACAGCAUGGAUUGAGGGAAUAUAUAGUAACACGAUCCAUUUGUUCAUGGCCCGUUUUAGACCAAACCCUUGGUAUCAAAUCAUGCCUUCAAUAUCAUUUCGUGAACGUUACGAAAAUGAAACACGCUCCUUACUUCGUUCUCGCUGGUCCAGCAGGAUUUAGAAUUUUCCUCGAAAAACUUGAUCGUAAAGCGAGAGAUUUCAUUUUCGAAUACAAAUGGUCAGAUAUGACAGAUAGUAGUAAGGAAGUAUCGGUCACUUUUGAUGCCCCCGGGUCAACUUUGGGUAGAAUUGUGGAGGCAAAUUUAACUAUAGAAAAGCAAACUCAAAAUUUAACUUUGAUAAUCAAAACUACAUCAGGAACAGUUGUUACUAGAGGACAUUACAAAAAUACCCCCGACGAGAAAUACAUACAGUUAGCUGUGGAUUAUAAUAAUUUCAAGCAUUUUGAAACCAGUCUAUCUCUCUCCCGAAAACAGAUCCCACAUGGAUACAAAUACUUCCCCAAAUUCUACCUCGGCGUCAAUAAUGAUAGGGUGGUUGAAAUCCAAGGUUCAAUUGAAUUCGUCAAUAAGAAAGGUAUAUCCCAAUAUCACGUUGACAUGAAAUUCCAGACAAGAAGAGUAACAGCUAAACUGUUCGGGUAUAUUUCAAAGAAACAGGUGACAAUUGCCACGCAACUGAGAUUGCUUUACAAAUUUCCUAACGACCCAGAACAAGGUGUCGAUCUAGCAUUCUCUUUGGCGAAUAGAUCCAAAAGAAAUUUCAUGGACAUACAAGGAACCGCUAGCUUCGAAAGCACCUCCUAUUCACAUUAUGACUUUGAUUCAAAAUUGAAGCUGCUGAGGGGCCAUGCACACACUGAAGGAUCCUUGAAUGUAACGUUCAAUCACAAGGACGAUCCUAUAAAAUGGACAAACUUUGGCCUCCAGGUGAUCGAUAAAUCUCUCGAUGAUGGUACCAGGCUAAUCAACACAAAAAUAUUGUUCUCGAAACCAGCCAAAAAUAUCGAUGUUGAUGCGGAUUUCAAAUAUCAUUCCAAAGGACCUAACACCAACGUAGAUUUGAUAGUGGACUAUGCCAAAGACAAACGAUUUUCAACUUCAGUUAUAUGGUUCCACAAGAAAAGACCUCUGCUUGACUUCAAGAUAAACUUGAAUGUCACAGUACCUACUUUCCAUCCUAUGAUAGCAGAUUUUAAACUCCAUGAAAAACAACCCUCUCAUUACGACAUCGCCUUUAAUGGCACUUGGUUCAGCAGUCACAGUCUUUCUGCGUAUGGGGUUUAUACCGAUAAGAGCAGUUCAAGAACAUAUGAUUACCAUACCAAGCUUCUGGUGAAGUCUCCGAGUUUCCAAGAUAUUUUCUGCAAUUUGAGGUACCACCGAGAUAAGAACUCCCUAAAGGUUGUUUUGAAGUUCGAUCAGAAUAAUACCGAUUACUGGUUACUCAUCAAGCACCUUAAUUCUUCACCCCAAGAUUCGAACACUCUCGUGGAAGUCAGGUACCAAAGUAAAGUAUUUUCUGCGCUUACAACAGUUUAUUCAGGAGAUCAUCAACAUGUGACUGUUGAAGUUCACAUCGACGAGAUGCGAGAUAUACAUUUUGCUGCAUGGGCCCACAACAAAUUGUCCUACAAAGCAGCUGGAAUUGAAUUGAAAUGGGACGCGAACAGGGAUCCAAAUCAAAAACUGGUACUUUCUGGCAAUUUCACCAAGGUAGCACCAUUCAACUACUUGGCGAAUUUACUAGCAUCCUACCCUGGCAGAACUCUUCUCGGCAAUUAUGAAUUCGUUUUGAAACCUGGUCACUUGAACACACUAGUGAGACUUUCUUGGGAUGAUGAUCAGAGUUUUGCGGUCAUCUUCAAUUCUGAUUUUAACUUCGAUACCCAGAAGUUCCUUCUAGCAGACUCAGAAAUUGUGACGCCGUUCGAAAAUUGGAGGCAAACUUUUAUAAACGCAGGAUUCGAGCACGAUACCAACAUGUACAGUCUGAAUGGGAGCAUUGCUUGGGAAAGAAAUCAACAUAUUUCGAUCGAUUUGUUUGGAAAUUACACCAACGAUGAUGAUAUCUUCGAUUGUGUAUAUAGGAGUGGUUUAUCUAGUACACUGAAGAAUAUACCUUCCCUAAGUGCCUCUCUGGCCCAUCGUCAAAACGAUACAAAAAUCGAUACUGUUAUGAGAUUACAGUAUACACCCGAGGACAUUAUUGAUAUCAAGAGCAAGUGGGAAGUGGUAGCCGAUGAAAAGGCAAAGAACUACACAGGUACAGUAGUCACUAGUACACCAUUCUCAGGAUUCAACAAAGGAUAUCUAAUAAGUAAAGUUAUGAUAACGAAGGAUAGAUAUCUCAGAGGAGUUGCUGAUUUAGACUUCGAUUUCAAGAAGUUCUCUAUUAGUGCUGAAGGUCGAUUAAAAAAGUUGACGAAUAGUAUGUUGACAAUAAAUAUCACAACCCCAAUUGAAAAAUACAGCACAAUUACUGGAAAAUUUGGAUUUAUAGAAGACCAAAGGUACCUAGUAGCAAUGAUUACUUAUCCUUCAAAGAUAAUGGGUGUUGAGGUACUCCUGUCCAUUCAAAGUUUAACAGAAUUCGAUACUAAGUUCAUACUUGGUACGCCGCUCGAGGUCUUACAAAGAGUGAUAUUGAUUGGAAAAUUGAAGCCAGAAUGUGCUGAUUUCAGAGCAGGUUGGAACUCCCUCCUUGGAGGAUUCACUGGGAAAUGGCACUACUCAAAUAGGCUGGACUUCGAAUACUCGUACAUAAUUUAUACUCCUUUGGAAGGUUUCGAAGAAAGCAGUAUUAUUUUCAAGGUGAUAGUGAAGGAGGGAAUUGACGUAGAAACUUCCAUAAAAUUAUCGGGUCAAAAGCUUGGAGCCAAAGUUUUCGGCGAAACUAAGCCAGCACUGCUCAGAGAAUUGGGCAUUAAACUUGAUGAAAUUUAUGGCAAAAAAAAUAAGAGUGGUACAUCAUCGAUCAACGACAAGGAAGAAUUCGAUGAUGAUGAUCUAAUGAAUUGGUCGGGAUUAGUUGAAAUAGACACCCUGAUAAAUCCUACCAUUAAAGGAACUCUGGAUAUAGAUCAAAAGGGUCCUGUUUAUAUAAUAAAAUCCAAACUGACAAUGCCUGAUGGAUUGGCCAUAAUAAACGAUAGGAUCGAGUAUUACGGACCGCUCACCAUGAAGAAUAAGCUUCAAAUCUCAACACCUUACAGAAGCUUCAAACAGAUCAAUUCAAACUAUGAAAUAGACAUAUCUCCUGGCCAAAACUAUAUUUUGAGUAUCAGUUUGAGUUAUCAAAACGAAAGCGAAUUAGUACAUAAUGAGCUAACAGGAAAAUACAUAAUUCUGCAUGGAAAAUCCAACACCGACAAGACCCACAAUAUAACCGUUCACACAGAGACACCCGUAGUCACUUUCCUCAACAUAGAUGGGGGCGGGUUUUUAACAAUACAAAAUACAAACGUAGAAAGAAGAUAUCUCGGUAACGUGUAUCUCAUCGCUAGUAAUAUAGACGUUGCCUCUGAAGCAGAGUUGAAGAUCAAUAAGAGCUCGAUAAACGCAGAUCUUUAUCUUCGUGCUAAAACAGCAUCCAUCUAUGUACCCCCUGUUUAUUUGAAAUAUAUGAGGAAAAGCAUGGGAUAUGACGAUAUUGUUGAAGUACAUUUGAAUGUGCCAGAAUUAUUCAAGGAUGAGAUAUACGUACAUUCAGAUUGGUCUUAUGUUUCAUUGAAACAAUUCAACAUUUAUCUGAACAUCCAAACACCAUUUGACGGAUUCCAAAAGUCCAUUUUAGGCAUUCAAGUAGCACAGCAAUCAAAUACUCAAAUUGGAAAUAUUUUCAUUGAUAUAAAUCCGGUUGAAGCCAUUAUAAAUAAUACCUUCAAAAAUGACGUAUUUACUUCAGUUGCCCAGAUGAAAGUCAAUGGAAAAAGUAUUCCAGUGUUCUUAGAAUGUAACAUCAUCAAAACGACACCUCUGUCCAGAACUCUAGAAGGAAUUCUUUCGAUUGGCAAGAAGCAACUCAAUAUCACUGGAAAUAUUGAAAUCGCUGACAACUUACCAAUGGGCGUCCACAUAGAAUUUAUACCGAAAGAGGGUUCAGAUGUGGCCAUCCUCGAUUACAAGAUAACAACUGUCGAAGAUUCGAAAUAUAAAUUCGUUGGGUCAGUGAAAAAUAUGAAGAAUUAUUUGAACUUGAAUGUGGAUACCAAAAUUUUGAAUGUUAUGGAUUGGGAAGCUAAGGGAAAGAUGGAAACCUCUCACGUACAGUAUAAACUCUUCACCUUGGAUGCAACAUGCAAGAAGGAAGCGGAAACUAAGAUUUUGAGAUUGGAAGCUCAAACCCCCAUCAAGAAAAUGGAAAACCUGAAAUUUGGAGCCUCGAUACUAAAUACUAAGGAUGAUAACGACUUGCAAGCCAACUUCGUAAUACCAAAUAAAAGUGGAAGUUUACACCUUAACUGGUUAUGGAUCUACUUAGAAAAUAUGAAAGUAGAUUUUGCAACCCAGUUGAAUUCUGAAGGCAAGCAAAAAACAGCUAGUGUGAAAGGACACUACCUAAAUCCCGAGAAAAAGUUCAAUGAACUAAGGAUAGGAGGAGACUUCGAUUGGGAUAGAAAAUGGAGUAGUGGUUCUAACAUCACUUUGAUUUUACCGAGCAUACAGAACAUAACGAUUGACGGCGCCUUAAAACUACCCUCAAAAGAAAUUCAUACAGCCAAGGGAAAACUUAUUUAUACUACACCAAUCGAAGACGUGGAAUUUUUGGCCAAAUACUACACACUUCUCUCGAGAAAGAAUUAUGCUUUAAAUAGUACAGCGCAUAUAACUACCGAAGGGGAAAAUAAUCACAUCACAGGAAAUUUAGGAAUGGAAUGGGCUCCAAAUAGAGGAAUCAAUAACAUAAUCCAAUACGCCGAAGUUGGAGAUGGAUACGAUUUGGUCUACAAACUCUCCACACCAAAAUAUAAAAACAAAGAAGCCUUGGUAUUUGAUGGAAGUUACAGAACGUCGGAUCUCUAUCAUAAUCUUACGUGCCAAAUUUACAAGCCAGGGGAUACUUCCGUUGGAUAUGGCAGGAUCAAUUUCAAGGAAUUGGCCAACAUGAAUGGAUUAGUGAAUAUAACGAUACCUUACGAGAAUAUGAACUUCGCAGGUUUGAAUUUCUCCACUGCAACAUCAGCGAGGGUUUAUAAUCGCUAUUUAGAAGCAUUCUGGCCUGAUAAUUCGGCAAAAAUAGACGCAAAAUGCGACAUAAUCACUGGGACUACAUUACUUCAUAGGACAAGGAAGGGAUCAGUCAUUAUUGAAGUCCCUAUUGCAUCCAGGCAUAUAGGACAUAUAGAUUUCAUCUAUCAGGAAUCACCUCUACAUAGUCUCGGAAAUGCCACUGUGAACUAUAAUGGAAAUAAGAUUGUUGACGGAAAAUAUGAUUGUAAGUCCGAAUCAAAGGCAGGCUUCGAAGAGGAUGACACUCAUAUUGAGCUACAAAAUAGUUUCGUUCCGAUUGGCGUUGAUUACAUACAUGGCUACGAGUAUGGAGCACCGUCAGAUGAAGGUGUUGUAGCCCCAACCAAGGAUACCAAGAACAUCAAACUUUAUCAUCUAACGAAUCGCACCAAAUUUGGCAUUGAAGGAGAUCUCGUUAUUGGAACAACAUCUACUGGGCAGCAAUUAGGUCUGAAGGUGAAACACCAGAACAAAACGGUGAAAUUCAAGAGUGACUACGAUAUCUUGGACCAGGAAUAUAGGCAACACAGUCGUUUAGAACUAGCACCUUCAACUUGGAUAGAAUAUAAUGUCAGUUUAAGGAAUGAAACUGUGAAUCAAGACUUCGACGCCCAAAGAUUGCAGAUCGAUGUCCAGUACCCUUUGCGCAAUUUCACAGCAAUUGGAUCCUACAAAAUUGGUGAGGAAACUAUAUCUACUGACGUUAAGUUGGAAUGGGACGUGGAACGUAGAUCUUUAGAAGGUGGUCUGGACUGGCGUAAAGUUUCAGAUAAACACGAACAGCUACUGUUCACUUUGAGACAUCCAACAUUCGAAAAGGAUGUGACACUUCUGAGCGAAUACGAAUUUGGCGACAAUAAAAUAAUUGAUGCGAAAGUGAAAUUCGAUUACGCUAUGGACACUGACCAAACAUUCAUUAUGGGUGGAAGGGUAGAUGAUCACUCAAGCAACAACGUUUACAAUUACACGUAUUACAUAUAUGCUACACAUAAUGCCACCAACUUAGAUUUGCAAAGUCGGGGUGAUGUAUUUUGGAUGCCAGAUGUUUAUAGUACCAGCCAUUACAAGGAAUAUCAAAGGUCCUACCUUCCCCCACAACCUUCAGAAGCACUGGUUAGGCUCGAUCUUAUUCAAAACGAAAUCGAAUUAAAGAGAGACAGUCUCGGUCAACUGUCUUACAUGAAGGGGUCAUAUAAAGCCGAUCAUCCGAAAUAUACAGGGAAUUUGUCGCUGACUCAUGAUUAUAACGAUGCUAUUGGCGAUUAUUACCUUAAUCUCAAUGAAAAGAUAUUCCAUUUGGACUAUAACAUGACUACAGAUGGUCGUCAAAGUUUGCACAUGUAUGGAGACAUCCCUGAUGCAAGAAACGCUAAAUUCAAUGCCUGGCGAGAUUAUGACGAUAUAAGGAUCAUGGAUGUUACGUACUACUUGAAAAUGAACCAUUCACGACUUAUUGUGUCAAAUCUCAUUUGGAGACCAGAACUCCUUCGCGAAUUACAGUCUGGAUUUCACGAUAGUUUACAUUCUAUAUACAAUUACGUUGUCGAAAAUAUCAACGAUACAAGACAUUAUGUGAGAUCAGAAGUAAAGGAAUCGAUUGCUGGUAUUUGGUCAGAGGCAGAACCACACCUUCAAAAUUAUUUGAAUGAUAUGCGGGAACUGAGAUUGAUCGAGGAAGAUCUGGAACAUCUGAAGGUGUUUCUGAACAAGUCAUAUCAUGCUAACGACUUUUACAUCAAAACCAUCGUGAGCUUCACUUCCUACGCAUUCGAUGAACUGGCAUUGAAGAAACACUUCGAGUCAGUGCCUGCAAUAAUAUCUGAAAUAUGGGGCAUCAUGGGGGAAUCAGGAAAAAAAAUUCAGAAGAGUAUCGAGUGGGUUAUAGAAAAAAUCAAAACCUAUUACAAAAAUAUUACUGUAUUUACCAGGCAAUUGUUGGACGGAGAUCCAAUACAGCAUCUUUCCGACGCUUUCUCCAAACUUUUAGAACAGUAUGAUGAUUUCAUCAGAAAACUGCAUGUGGCUUUCAUUCAAUACAUUGAAAAAUUAUGGCAUCAGACAUACCAAUUGAUCGUGGAGAACUGGCACAGGAUGCUGAUUGCCAUUGAACCAACGUUCCUCAAACUGGUAGCAUAUACUGAAAGCAUAGCCUGGUCUACUAGUCAAGAAUUCCUUGAUUUCCUGUAUAUUCGAAAGAACGAAAUAAUGGAGUCACCUUAUUUCGCAAAAUUCACGAAUUUCACACAUGAUGUAGACAAAUUCUACAAGGAUAUAACUGGAAAUAAUACCUUAUCCAGUGUGGUCAAGUAUACAAGAAUAAGCUGGAAUUUCCUCCGAGAAAAAUAUAUGGACAAAUUGCCAUUUGCUAAAGAGCUGGAAGCGAUCAUCAGAGAAAUAGUCGGGGAUUUGAACGAAUUGAGGAAACUACCUUCGGUAGCAUUCGUUGAAGAAAGAUUGAAUUCAAUUUUGAACAGACUGGUUUGGUUCUAUGAAUAUUUCGAUGUGGAAACCAGAGUACAGAACUCCUUGAAAUUGCUACAUAGGAAAAUUACAGAUUACUCGCAAACAGCUCUACAGGCCGAGAAUAGAUAUCGAGUUCCAAAAACUAAAUUCAUCUUCGAUCCCAACACUGGAAAAAUGCAAUGGGAGCAGAAAUUGCCAAUGUCUUGGCAUGCCUUCAAUGAAACCCCAAAUUUCCAUGAAAUACCCGAGAUAAAGGCCCUAUAUGAUAUACAGAACUUCUUCGUAUCCUCUCAUACAAAUUUCUGGACAUUCUAUUAUGAUUAUAAGCCUUAUACAGAUCCAUCAGAAUGGUUGCCUCCCUUCAAAUCACAAGCAGUCAUAAUUGGUAACAACCAUUUCGUCACAUUCGAUAAGAAAUUCUUCGAUUUCAAAGAGGACUGCUCCUAUCUUCUAGCGACAGAUAUGAAAGAUCAUAACUUCACCUUGGUGAUUUCCUACGGAAAAGAAUCAAACACCCACGAGUUACUUCUGUUAGUCAAUAAAACUGUGGUAGGAAUCAACAUUUUCACUGAUGUAAUAAGGGUAGGAGAUUCUUCUUAUUCACAACUUCCUGUGGAGAUAGGUGAUACUUUCAUCCAUAGGGAUUCUGGAAUGAUAACAGUUGAGAGUGCCUCUGGAUUUGUCCUAGAAUGUAACACUAAAUUCAAAGUCUGCACAUUUGAGUUGUCAGGUUGGUACUUCGGAAAAACAGCAGGGUUAUUCGGAACGAUGGACAAUGAACCGACCGAUGAUUUCUUGUCUUCAACCAAAAAACGCUACAAUGAUAGUAAUGUAGAAAUCUUUGCAAGGAGUUGGGCCUUAGAUCAAAAAUGUGCUAAGUCGGUGGUUAGUCAUGAGCAGAAGAAAAAUAGGACAAGUAAUGAUAAAUACGUGAAUCAACUUUGUGACGACUUGUACGCUAAUAAACUAUCCCAAUUUGAGUCUUGCUUUGAGAGGGUUUCAAAGCAACCUUUCUUGGAUAUGUGUAUGAGCAGUACUACUGUGGAAGAAGCUUGCAGUACUGCUGCUGCGUACACGACCUUGUGUUCUUAUGAGAACACCCCUUUGAGAAUGCCGGACUCUUGCAUUAUGUGUCAUUUACCGAAUGGUUCUUUCGUUUAUGAAGGGGAACUGGUUAGAUUCACAGCACAAGACACGCAGCCGUCAGCAGAUGUAGUUUUUCUGAUAGAAACUAAACGGUGCAAUGAAAAUUUAACUUCUUCCAAGAAUAUGAAGCUUCUUAUCGAGUCCCUAGACGAAGAGUUAGUCACGAACAAUAUCAUGUCAAAUAGAUAUGCUGUUGUACUCUUUGGUGGAGACGGAGUAUACGAUGAACCAAGAGCUCGAUCACUUAACGGCCACAUUUUCACGAACUUCUCAUUGGUCAUGGACACAUUAGCUAACAUUCCAAUUGGAAAUGGUAGUGCAGACAUGUUCAAUGCAAUGAUCUACGCAUCUAGACUCAACUUCCGUCCUGCUGUUUCGAAAAUAUUCAUUUUGAUACCAUGCUCAGAAUGCCAAGAAAAUAGUAUGAAGUACGACUACCCAAUCCUUCACCAAUUACUUUCUGAAAAUGCAAUUUCUCUGCAUAUAUUGAUGAAUGAAGAUUUCAGUCAAAAACUAAGAGACAAUAAAAUACCAUAUGGUAUUGACAGUAGGCGGGCCUACACAAAGAAAGAUGCCCGUUCUUUGAAGGGAGAUGAGGUACUACGAAACCAUAUGAAACUACCUAAAACAACAAUGGGAUUAUGCAUGCCUUUAGCUCUGGAAACUAAUGGGACACUUUUCACAUCCAAAUAUUUGAAGAAUGGAAAGGACGAUACUGUGAAAAAAUUCAUUUCGGUGUUCACGAAACGUAUCGCAGAGGGUUCAAACAGAAUGGAUUGCGUGGACUGUGAAUGUACCGCAUCGAACAACGGUCUUUCAUUUAUGGAAUGCUCAUAUUGUCACUCAUCAAGAGCUUCGAUGGAUUACGAAUUCGAAGAAGAUGAGCUCCUGCUGAAACUUCAACCAGGCGAAAACCUAUUUUGACAUUAAUUGUUCCUUAGUAAUUUAUUACGCGAUGAUAACGAUUAAUUGUACAUAAAGAAAAUUCUCCUUGA